UAAUUUUUACACGUGCCGACGGCAUACACAAAUUGUAUUUAAAAUCUAAGUUAUUCCUUAAUCAAUAAAAUGGAUGAAAAGACACUGAUUGAAAAUGUUUACAAUCGCGGUCGCGAUUCAGAUUUACCCACAAUGCUAAAUUUUCAGAAUGGUUCUUUGGGGACCAGAGCGAAUUUCACUUUAGUUGAAGAUACAAAGGGACGAAAUCCGCGCAAGCGAGCACUGGUUGUGGCCGGUGAGAACGUCUACAUAGGCGAUUUGCAAGGUACCCAGGAAUAUGAUACAUACAUUUGCAUUCGAAACAAAUCCACCAACAAGGCGACGAUUGUGCCAAUGCAGCAGGCGCUCCUCUCUAACAAUAUUUACGAAAAGUUGGACACACAACCAACUCUGCCGAUGUUGAGCAAAGAGCUUGCAACGAAAAAACUGCUAAAGGAGUUUGGCGGACGCAAGACAUCGCGCUAUUUAGCGAACUCCGAGCAGAUGAUGGUCAAUGUGGAUGUGAUGCGUAAGGAUUUGGAUGAGACGGUUCAGAGUUCUGUGCGCAACGAGGGCGAUGAUGAAGCUGAUGACACUUUGCCCGAGGUAGACACUAACAAUGCAGCAUACCUGGCAAGCAUUGUGCCCAAGUGCGAUAAGGCGGCAACAAAAGUAAGCGAAGUCUACGACGUGGCGGAUGUGGUGCCGCAAACACUGCUCGACCGUCUCGACGAGGAAGCCAAGAGUGUGUAUGGCACGUCAUUGGAGAACCUACCCAUUGAGUCGGACUAUCUGCGUGAGUGCAUCAAGCGCAUACAGGAAAAGGAGAUUACGUCCAAGACGGACUUUCUCCACAUCAAACUGAUCAUCUACAUGGAUGCGCUACAAUCGCUAAUUGCGCUGCGCAAACGGCAAAUGAAGCGUGUUGAGCUGUCGCGCAUCACAGAAAAGGUAGAGAAUGAUGUGCGACAUCGAUUUGCGGAUCCCAAUGUGGCUCGAUCCUGUACACGCACCACAUUCAGCACGGAGAAGGCACUCACGCAUUUCAUUGUCCUUGCGCUGCUCAUCAGUGAAAAGCACGAAGUGGACGUCAAUGUCUUGUCUCGAAUCCUGCGCACCUCUAAGCAGCGCAUCAUUACGUAUGCACACAUUGUCAAUGCACGCCCCAAAUCUCGCUCAGACGUGAUUUCCCUCCGGCUGCCCAGCACGGUUCCAGCACUAAAGGUUUCCAGGCGUUUUCAGCGCAAAAAGUAGUAUUUGGUACAUCACUCUAUAGGUGAUUCUAAUUUAGUGAAGAGCAAAUUUUAAAUGUUUUAUUUUCGAAUAAAGAAAAAACUUAAAAUGUGUGAAUGUUACACACGAUAUUCAGAA